AUGACGGAGAAACUCGAUCACGGCCCCAAGGUCAUGUCCGUCAAUGGCGAAGUAUGUGCGGCGAUCUACAAACCUCUCGAUAAUACUCGUCAAGAAAUCCGACUUCUCACGCUCCUUCCGCCUCGAGACGGAGAUGCAAAUAUCCAUUGCACCCUUUCACACGCCGUACUCAACAAUGCCUUAUCCAAGAAUCCCAAGUACGAGGCCCUAUCGUAUGUUUGGGGCGAGCCCGAGUUUUCGGAGCCCAUCAUUCUCAAUGACCACACUUUCUUCAUCACACCGAGCCUAAAGUACAUUCUGUCGUGCCUGAGGCAAAGAGAUGACCAGUCGCGAGUUCUUUGGGUUGACGCCAUUUGCAUCAAUCAGUCAGACGUCGAGGAGCGGGGUCAUCAAGUUGCUCUCAUGCGCGAAAUCUACUCAAAUUGCCAACGAGAUAUCGCGUGGCUAGAUCCGAUGAUCGGCAACAGAUAUGAUGUCAACGCUCGUGAUCUCUACAAACACCCAUAUCUUGACGAUGAAGAAACUUGGUUGAAAAACGGAAUUGACUUGAUGCGCGAAAUCGCCGAGAAGAACCCGCAGACUCUGAAAGAACUACAAGAUCAGGCCCGAGAAGGACGUUAUCGUCUCCUUGAUUUCUCUCAGUCCAUGCUAUCUUGUGUUUUCAAGCGGCCGACGCUCUGGAGUCGGCUGUGGGUGAUGCAGGAGCUUUCUCUCGCCCCGCGGCUGACGCUCAUGUCAAGAGAUGCUGAGCUGAACUGGGACGUUCUGAAAAACCUCUUCAAAGACGAACCAUACUUCGAUGCGUUCCACAUGGGCCGCGAUAGUAGUCAUUCCCCGGAAUACUACAAGGACUUUAGUGAAGUGUUCGUCCCCAUCAAGCUUAUCGAGGACCAACGUCGCCUAAUGACGCAGGGCAAGGGGUCCAAGCUCAUGGAUGUACUUGUGCGCUUCCGUGAAAUGGAAUCGACAGACCCUCGGGACAAGAUAUUCGGGCUACUUGGGCUUGUGACGGAAGAUCAUGGUAUAAAUGUCGGCUAUAUGACGUCAGUGCCUGAAUUGUAUCAGCAGGCCACAGUCUCCUUGAUCAAUCUCGCCGGAAACUUGGAUAUUCUUUGCCAAAACCCAUUUGAGCGUCCGAAAGGGCCUACAGCGCUGGAUAGACAGCGUAAACUGCCAUCUUGGGUCGCAGAAUACGAUAGCAAGCGUCGUCAAUGUGCAACAAUGCUAUUUGCCCAGCGGGAUAUAUUCAACGCUGGUAUCAAGAAGUGUGAGACCCCAUGUCGACUCAUCGGCCCCGAAAAGGAUAUCUUGGUCACGAAAGGCACCAUCCUAGGAACAGUAGCACCUGUUCUUCAGGAUGGCGAAGACCUUGAGGCUCGGGAUGUCAUGAACCUUUACCUUGGCAAGGAAGUCCUUGAGCAACCUCAGGAGCAUAUGUAUGCCCCGAAAGUCGGUGGUAAAGAGAUACCAACUGGCGACACUGCCAUUCGCGCAUUCUGGCGGACGAUGGUCAAGGAUUGCACGCUACCCCCAAGAAUGCGUCGGUUAAGGCCAACCGAAAUUGAGAGAUUGGACAUCGAAAACCAAGAGCAACUGAAAAGUGAAUGGAGUCCCCUGCAGACAUACCGUUUACACUUUGGCAACAAAUACUCAAGAUCUGCAUUCGGUUAUCAGCCCGCUGACGACGAAGAUCUGGCUAAACUUGACGUUGAGGGUCAAAUCUCGCAUCAUUACAGCCCUGGUAGCUUCAUGUUCGCGGUCACGGAUAAUGGACUAUUCCUAGCAACGCGUUUUGCUGCGAAGCAGGGCGAUGUCGUGGCCGUCCUUGAUGGGGGAAAGGUGCCUUUGGUGUUACGCAAGGUUGAAUCUAGAGAUGGCGUUAAAGGAGAAUCGUAUAUGGUCGUUGGCUCGACCUACGUGCACGGCUUCAUGGACGGUGAGGCAGAGGCUGGUGUCACCGAAGGUUGGUUGGAGAAGCGGGAGAUUCUAGUCGCGUAA